AUGGAGCCACCACCUGACCCCCCACCCGGCCCGGCUCCGAUGUUUCCCGUCAACGAGCGCAUCGCACUCCUGUCCCAGGUCCACAUCGGAACCACCAUCCCUCUGCUUGUCUUGUGCCUCAUGCCCUUCUUCGCCCGCAUGUACAUCAGAAUCUGGCCGCACAGCCUCCCUUCCGCCUCCCUUGACGCUGACAUCAUCCACCAGUUAUUCGCCAUCACGGACUGGGCCUUGCUUGAGGAAGAGCUUUAUUUCAAGCCGCAACUGAUCUCCUUCGAAGAAACCAUGUUUGCCGUUAAGCUAGCCUACUUCGCCAUACCGGUGUGGGCGAUUGCCAUGACACUAAUCAAGACAUCCAUCAUCCUCACCCUCCUCCGGCUUCCACUGAAACGGUCUUACAAGGGCAUGUUGUAUGCUCUGUUGGUUAUCCAGCUCACUUUUGGAACCGCCAAUACCAUCUACAACUUCACCAAAUGCCAGCCCUUCCACGCCUCCUGGGACGUGACUGUCAAAGACAGACGGUGCCCCAGCGGCGAGACUGACCUCGUCGUCUCCAACCUCAUGUCGGCGCUCAAUAUCGUAACCGACCUUUUGUUGUCUGUCACGCCCAUGUUCAUGUUCUGGAACCUGCACCGCCCGUUGCGCGAGCGCAUCCUGAUCUGCAGCCUCACCAGCAUCGGCCUGUUCGCCACCUUCGCGUCUAUCAUGAAAGUCGUCGUCAUCGCCGAAUGGACCACGGCGCGGGACCCCUGGGCAACAGCCAUCUCGAUCGGCACAUGGACCAUCACCGAACAGUUUGUCUCCAUCCUCGCCGCCUGCAGCCCCUCGCUCAAGAAGCCCAUCGAGAACCUGCUCAACAAGUUUGGGAUCCCCCUGGUCGAGCAUGACCCCAACAUCUCCUUCAUGCAUAUCCCUCCUGACAUGGGGUCGGGGGCGUCUAGGCGACUGGCGAGGAGGCGGCUUGAUGACGGGGAGGCGCAGCUGAGCCCUGUCCCGUCGCACACGGCGACGGCCGAGACGAGCCGGGAUAGGGAUGCUGAGGGUUGUGGGGACAAGUCGUUGACCUGCUCGGUAACGGGGUCCACUUCACGUACCGCUCUUUGGGGGACUUGA